AGAAAUAUAUAUUAAAAAAAAAAAUGAAAAAGAAUCAAUGGCCAUGGAAGUAUAUAUCAUCUCAAAUUACAUAGAGCUCCACAAAGCAAAGCUUCAACAACUCCUCCGAGCUCCAACAAUGGCGACCUUCUUAACCUCUCCAACCCUCAUCAUCCCUCGCCCAAUCCCAAAACCCCAUCUCUCCUGCUCACAAUCACCACAAAUCCCUCCUCCUUCUUCUCCAUCCCAACAACAACCCCUAAACCCAAUCUCAUCUUCAUCGCCUUCAAAACCUAAUCCUCAAAGACCACAACCUCCAUUGAAGCCUAGGGUUUCAUCGACGCAGCCGGAAAGCACCGAUUGGGUGGCCUCCACCUUGACCCGCCGCUUCGGCCUCGGCGCUGGCCUCGCUUGGGUUGCUUUCCUCGCCAUCGGCGUCGUCUCCGAGCAGAUCAAAACCCGCUUUGAAGCUUCUCAGCAAGAAUCCAAUACUAGGACUGUGGAGAAAGAAGAAGAAACAGUGCUCCCCAAUGGCAUCAAAUACUAUGAACUAACAAUUGGUGGUGGGGCUUAUCCCAGAAAAGGAGACUUAGUAGUGAUAGACCUUAAAGGGAGAGUUAAGGACAGUAACAAUGCCCCAUUUAUAGACACUUUCAGUGAGGGAAAGAAGCCAUUAGCAUUGGUUAUGGGGUCAAGGCCCUACACUAAGGGCAUGUGUGAAGGAAUAGAGUAUGUUUUGAACUCCAUGAAGGCUGGUGGUAAGAGAAGAGUUCUAGUACCUCCAACAAUGGGUUUUGGAGAUGAUGGUGUUGAUUUGGGUUCAAAUGUUCAAAUACCUCCAGCUUCUACCCUUGAAUAUAUUGUUCAGGUUGAUAAGGUUUCUAUUGCACCCUCUUGAUUUGUAUUCCUUUAGUUUAAAUUGUAGACUUUGGGGGUUUAUCUUGUUUGAAAUAAUGAGUCCUUUAGCUA